AUGACAGAUCCUACAGUUCCUCCUGAUCUCGCUUCUAUUCUUGCAACUCUUGCACAAUUCGCACCACAGCAACAACAAGAUCAACAACAAACUCCACCACCACCUUCAGCCACAACUCCAUCAACCACAGAUCCUCGACUCCAAAGACGUCAACAAUCCCAAAAUCCUCAUGCAACAGCACAACCAUGGAACCAAGCACCAAGUCAACUUCAGCAGAACGAGGCUCAAUCAACGAGUUCAUAUAAUCCUCAAGCUGCAGUCUUUCAACCUGUAAAUCCACAAGGACGGGCACCUUCACAGCCAUCAAGGACAUCAGUACCUCAACAGCAGGAACAGACUAUCAUCGAUCCAGCAACUAUCACUGAGUGGUCUGCUGGGUUGAGAUGCGUUACCAAAAUCGCUGCUCAGAAUCCAAUGUUUGCGGAAAAGAUUCGUGGUUUGAUUAACGAUCAAAGACGAAACGAGAUGCAAUGGUAUGUUCUGUUGAGAAAUAUCAAAACAAUUGGCAGCACAAACACCACCACANACCCCCAAACCCCCGAAGAAAAAGCCGCAGAACUCGCUGCUUUUGAUCAAAAACUCUACAAAGCACAGCUUGAUAUGAAUGAAAGCAUGUCUCAAGUACUCAAGCACUUAGGUGUUCCUUUCUUUGGUACUCAUGCUGCAUUGGUCCUACCUGAUCAUGAUGGGAACGAUGAUAAAGAGGGUGGUAAAGAGAAAGUAGCGGAUGUGCAAGGAGACAGACCAAAGUGGUCGCCGAGAGUCACAGGCAAAGAGUUGAUGGAGUUGAAGAGGAAGAUGGUUGGGUACCUGGAGGACAUGUACAAGAACUAA